AUGGGGGACAUUGAUUUUGAAGAGCAAUUACGACAACAAGAAUUAGAAAAACAAGCUAACCUCAAGGAAGAACGCACAGGAGACACCUAUACAGACAAAGAUGGUACAGUGUACGAAUGGGAUCACAAACAAAAGGCUUAUGUGCCUAAGAUUGAUGCUGACUUUAUAGCACAGUAUCAAAUGAAUUAUGGCGUAACCACUAAUGAAGACUCGGAGAAGCAGGCUGUGUCAAGUGACUCACAAGCUGUUGACAGUGCUGAGAAUGAGAAGCAAUGGCAAGAAUACUUUGAAUAUUGUAAGAAAUACUAUGAGCAACAGCAGCAGCAAAAUACUGACAAUAAAGACGAAGAGGCUAAUGCUGUACAUGUUCAAGAGCAGACAGAAAACUCUAAUCAACAGGAACAACAGCAUAGCACAAGCCAGGCGAGCCAGACUUCCGAUAAAGCAGAAGCUCCUGUGAUCACCCCAAACAAAAGAAAGUCUGAAGAUGCAGGCUGGUUUGAAGUGGAGGAUAAACACAACCUUAAUGUGUACGUGUCCAAUCUUCCACUUGACAUUACAGAUGAAGAAUUUAGUGAAUUAAUGAAAAAAUGUGGACUUGUUAUGUUUGACCCCAAGAAAAGGACUCCUAAACUGAAGUUGUACAAAGAUGAAAAUGGACAACCAAAGGGAGAUGGCUUGUGUUGUUACAUCAAGUCAGAAUCUGUGAGUUUAGCCUUACAGAUCCUGGACGGCUACGAUGUACGGGGCAAGAAAAUCAAAGUUGAAUUGGCAAAGUUUGAAAUGAAAGGAGAAUUUGAUCCUUCCAAAAAAAAGAGAAAAUUAAGCAACAAAGAAAAGAAGAAAAUCAAAGAAAAACAAGAAAAAUUAUUUGACUGGCGCCCUGAACCAAUGCGGGGUGCCCGCUUCAAGCGAGAAAAAACAGUUGUGCUACAAAAUAUGUUUGAGCCAAAAGAAUUUGAUUUAGAACCAACGCUUCUGCAAGAAUUGCGUGAAGAUGUGCGGCUCGAAUGUUCAAAAUUUGGUGAUGUUCGCAAAGUUGCAAUCUAUGAUCGAAAUCCCAGUGGUGUGAUCACUGUGACUUUUCGAGAACCAGAAGAAGCCGAUGACUGUAUUACAGCCCUUAAUGGACGAUGGUUUGCACAGAAACGUAUCACCGCUGAGACCUGGGAUGGCAAAACCAAAUAUGAAGUGAUAGAAUCUGAAGAAGAACGACAGAAACGUCUGAGCAAAUGGACUGAUUACCUUAUGUCUGGGGAAAGCAGUGGAAGUGGUGCUGAUAAAAUGCCUUCGACUUUGGAAAAGGAUGUGACAACCCCAUUGGGUACUUCCGGGGCUGAUCCCAACACGGAAGCUUUGACAUUAAAAAAUACUCCGACUACUUCGGAUGCCGAUUCCUCGACUUCUGCUGCUGCUGGUACUGAUGAUGAUACCACUUCCUCGAAACCUUUCCCUCCAGAAGGAUAA